CAUAAAGCCUUCUGGAACUCUCUGCUAGCUGUGCCAAGCGUAUAUAGAAACCAGAGGGACUCUCUUCUUUCCGUGUCUUUAUUUAAAGCCUUUACCUCUAUCCCUAUUAUAUAUAAUCCAAAAAAUAGAGGCGAAAUCGAAACCCUAAAUUCAAUAGGCGAAAUCGAAACCCUAAUUUGAUUUCGAAGAAGAAAACUUGUCUGAAACUAUGGCCAUACUCUCUGAAUACGAAGAAGAAGAUCAGAGGCCUAUGGAGUCAUCGUCGUCAACGACGACGAAGCCUUUCAAUGCCGAGUUCGAUCCGUCGAACCCCCUAGGGUUCGUCAAGAACGUGUUCGAAUUCGUUUCUCUAGAGUCGAAUCUCUUUAGAAGCGAGUCGGUGAUUAGAGACGUGACGGCGUUGGCUCGUUCGGUUAAAGAGAAGGUGGAUGCGGAGGAGAGGAAGAGGAAGGAGAAGGAGCUGAAGGAGAAGGAGAAGGAGAAGGAGAAGGAGGUGAAGGCGAAGGAGUCUGUGUCCGCGUCUUCGCCGGCGGUGGCCGUCAAGGAAAAACCCAAGAAGGCGUCGGAGGAGGGCGAGAAGACGACCGGCGACAAGGAGGAUGGGAAAAGUGGCCCACUAGCAGUUCCAAAUAUAGGCAAUGGUCUCGAUCAUGAUACAUAUUCUUGGACUCAGACUUUGCAAGAGGUCACCGUUAAUGUUCCAGUCCCUCCUGGAACUAAAUCUAGGUUCAUUACAUGCGACAUAAAGAAAAAAGGUCUGAAAGUUGGCCUCAAGGGUCAGCCUCCAAUCAUUGAUGGGGAACUUUUCCAAUCUGUCAAAGUUGAUGAUUGCUUCUGGAGCUUAGAGGAUCAGAAAUCCAUCUCUAUUCUUCUGACAAAGCAUAACCAAAUGGAGUGGUGGAAGAGUCUGGUUAAAGGGGGUCCUGAGAUUGAUACUCAGAAGGUAGAACCCGAAACCAGCAAGCUAUCUGAUCUGGACCCAGAAACACGGUCAACGGUUGAGAAGAUGAUGUUUGAUCAGCGACAGAAGUCCAUGGGUCUUCCUUCAAGUGAUGAGGUGCAGAAACAAGAUAUUCUCAAGAAAUUCAUGGCUGAGCACCCGGAGAUGGACUUUUCGAGGGCAAAGCUAGCUUGAUUGGAGGAGUAGUUUACUUGGAGAAUCUACAUCUGAAAAGCAUGGGAGGAAGUGUGUGUGUGUCGUUUUAAGAGAGCUUUUGUUUGGCCUCCGGACUUCCUUGUCUAUCUUAAACAUGGUGGUCUGGUGUCUAUUAUGCUUCCUUGUGGAUUUUCUCUCUUUUGGAUUUGACAUUAUUAACUUGGUUGAUCCAUUUCAUAUACUAAAUGAAUUAGGUUUAUUUUAGUUUUAUUUUGCUUA